UCCUAAUCAAGAAUUUGUGAAAUGAUGCAAGCCCAUUUCUAGCUUGAUUGGGCUUCAACGAAUCAAAGAAGAACUAUCACUGUUCUUCCCAAACAAACGAAAACCAUAUACCUUUGGAACAAUUUGAUAGCUUAACAUCCAUCGCAAUCGCAACCUUAAAGUUAAAUCCAUCCGCUUUUAAAGUCUUGAGAUAUUAUUAUGAACAAGAAAGGUCUAGCCAUUUUGUUGCGUUCUAAAAUGAGGCCUCUUUCCCCUGUUUCCAAGAAAGUUAACCAACUGCAACAUGCUCCUUUGGAAAGGAACGUAUCAGCCACUCAAAAUGUCUCGAUCAAGACCGAAAGAGAUUUUGGGCAAGUACGAGAAUCAAUGCAUUCAGUCAUAUCAAUGAACAAAAAAGAGAUAUUGGAUACUGCACUAAAUGAAUUCUCGGAGGGAUAUUUUAGUCUUUCUAAAGAAAACCGAUGCAAAUUACUACUCAUUCUUGCUCGAGAGUACGAUCUCAACAGGAGUAAAGUACGGGAUUUGAUGAAGCAGUAUGUUGGUCUUGAGAUCCCUAAUGGUGAUGAAAUCGACGAACAUGGGCGUGAAAUGGACAGUCAUCUUUCUGCUUUUUAUAGAAUCGAAAGAAAUUUGAGGCACGCCCUUAAGCCAAUGUAUGAAGUUCUAUUCGAAAGGCUCAACACACACCCUGGUGGUUUGAAGUUUCUGGCCUCUGUUCGUGCUGAUAUUUUAUCUAUUAUCGCGGAUGAAAAUGUUGCAUCAAUACGCGCUCUUGACUCUUAUUUGAAAGAAAAGCUUAUUACUUGGCUAAGUCCCGCCAACCUGGAGCUUCACCAAAUUACUUGGGACGAUCCCGCUUCUUUGUUAGAGAAGAUUGUAGCUUAUGAGGCUGUGCAUCCCAUCAGUAAUCUUAUAGAUUUAAAGAGGAGACUGGGACUCGGUCGCCGCUGUUUUGGAUAUAUUCAUCCAUCCAUACCGGGCGAACCGCUUAUAUUUAUCGAAGUUGCACUUAUGAAGAAUAUAGCUUGUACCAUACAGGAAGUUUUGUGGCAUGAUCCUCCAACGCCUGAAUGUGAAGCAACUACUGCUUUGUUCUACUCUAUUUCAUCAACUCAGCCAGGCUUAGCAGGAGUCAACUUAGGAAAGUUCCUUAUUAAACGAGUGAUAUAUCUGGUGAAGAAAGACAUGCCAAAUAUACAUAAUUUUGCAACCCUAAGCCCUAUCCCAGGCUUCAUGCAGUGGCUUCUAUCUAAGUUGGCAUCAUCGGAAAGAUCGGGCCCCAUUUUCUGUGAAAAUAUCCUGAAACCCGAGGAAGAAAGAGCACUGCUGGAUGCAUACAAAGACUCGACUACGGGGGAAAGCGGGAUGGAAGUGUUGUUGCACUUAUUGACAUCAACAAACCAUGAAUGGACUCGAUCUGAUAGACUGAUAACUGUGUUCGAACCGAUUCUACUAAGACUUUGUGCCAGGUACCUUGUACUUGAGAAGAAGAGAGGGAAAGCUCUAGAUUCGGUUGCCAAUUUCCACUUGCAAAAUGGAGCUAUGAUUGGAAGACUAAAUUGGAUGGCCGAUCGAUCAGAAAAGGGUCUUAGUCAAAGUGGGGGAAUUAUGGUAAAUUACAUUUACAGUCUCGAACAUAUCGAAGAUUAUGCUCAAGCAUAUUUCAGCACAGGGCAUAUUCAAGCUUCUCCUGAUGUCCAUCACCAUAUCCAGUCACCGGAGAGAAAUGAAGAUCCAAUAAAUUAAGCAGUGUUUGUGGACGGAGAAGAAUAUGUUCUGUCUCAUCAUACAGGUGCACACUAUGUAACCGGCUUCUGUAAAUACUUUGUAAUAUGUCACCUUUAUUCGAAUAAAGUAUGACAUGAUGCAUUACAUGAAAUGUAAACAUACAUGAUUGUAUGCAAUACUUGAUGGAAAACGAAACAGUAUAUUAUCCAUCAGAUGACCAACUUCAUUUUUCGUUAUCUA